AUGUGGGUUCAGUCUUGUUCUGGGAUUGGGUACUUGUUUGGGAGUAUAUCGCCAGUGAUAAAGAGCACCAUGGGUUAUACUCAGAGACAAGUGGCACUAUUGGGUGUGGCUAAAGAUUUGGGGGAUGCUAUUGGGUUUAUUGGCGGUAGUCUUUGUGAGGUUUUGCCAAUUUGGGUGGUUCUACUCAUUGGUGUGUUCCAGAACUUUGUUGGCUAUGGUCUGGUUUGGCUCAGUAUCUCUCACACUAUACCUACUCUGCCUUUGUGGUUGCUAUGCAUUUGUAUAUUUGUGGGAACAAAUGGUGAGACCUACUUCAAUACAGGAGCUCUGGUUUCCUGUGUGCAGAAUUUUCCCAAAAGCCGUGGUCCCGUUGUGGGGAUACUGAAGGGUUUUGCUGGGUUGAGUGGUGCAAUUUUGACUCAAGUUUUUGCUGUGAUCAAUGCUCCAAAUCAAGCGUCACUUAUUUUCAUGGUUGCCGUCGGGCCGUCAAUAGUGAUCACUGCUCUGAUGUUCAUUGUUAGGCCCGUGGGAGGUCACAAACAAGUUAGGCCAUCUGAUAGUUCAAGCUUCUUAUUUAUCUACAGUGUUUGCCUCAUCCUAGCAGCUUACCUGUUGGGAGUUUUGCUGCUUCAGGAUCUAGUCAACUUGAGUGAGAGUUUAGUCACAAUACUUACAUCUCUGUUGAUCAUUCUCAUAAUUCUUCCAAUUAUAAUUCCUAUUCUUUUGGCAUUUUUCUCGGAACCAAUAUCACAAAUGGAGGAAAGCCUUCUUCUUGAGUCUCGGAAGCAAGAAUCAAGUAAAUCUGACCAGGAUGGGAAUGAGGCCAUCUUCAGUGAGGUCGAAGAAGAGAAGACCUCAGAAAUAGACUUACUUUCAGGAACAGAAAGGCAAAAACGAAUGGCUCAUUUGCAAGCUAAACUGUUCCAAGCAGCUGCAGACGGGGCUGUGAGGGUCAAGGGAAGGAAAGGCCCACGUAGGGGAGAGGAUUUCACUUUGAUGCAAGCACUAGUGAAGGCAGAUUUCUGGCUCAUGUUCCUCUCCCUCGUAUUGGCUUCUGGUUCUGGUUUGACUAUAAUUGAUAAUUUGGGUCAGAUGUGUCAAUCUCUGGGGUAUGAUAAUACACACAUAUUUGUUUCAAUGAUUAGUAUUUGGAACUUUCUUGGCCGUGUUGGUGGCGGAUACUUUUCUGAGGUUAUUGUAAGAAAUUAUGCAUACCCAAGACCAGUGGCAAUGGCUGUGGUUCAGGUCAUUAUGGCAAUUGGGCUUUUCUUCUAUGCCAUGGGUUGGCCUGGGGAAAUUUAUGUCGUUUCUGUGUUGAUAGGACUUGGAUAUGGAGCGCACUGGGCAAUUGUGCCUGCAGCUGUCUCAGAACUUUUUGGUUUGAAAAGUUUUGGUGCCUUGUAUAAUUUCCUAACAAUGGCAAGUCCUGCCGGUUCUUUAAUCUUCUCUGGUGUCAUUGCUAGCGGUAUAUAUGACUAUGAGGCAAAGCUACAAAAUUCUCUGAGAGAGCAAAAUAUGGGACCUCUGUUCAAAAUACCUCUUGGGGAUGAAGAGGCACUCACUUGUUAUGGUACCAUAUGCUACUCUAUCACUGCUGCUAUUUUGUCUGGACUUUGCAUUAUUGCAGUGGUCUUGAGUUUGAUUGUUGUUCAUCGGACUAAGAGAGUUUACACCCAACUUUAUGGAAAGUCUUGCAUUUGA